UCGAGUUCCGGAGUCGAGUCGCUUCCCUUGGCCGGAGCGGAGAUGCAGCCGCCGCCCCGAAAAGUGAAGCCGGCCCAGGAGGUGAAGCUUCGCUUCUUGGAGCAGCUGAACAUCCUUCAGACCCGGCAGCAGAGGGAGGCGGAUCUGCUGGAGGACAUCAGGUCCUACAGCAAGCAGAGGGCAGCCAUUGAACGAGAAUAUGGACAGGCACUUCAGAAACUGGCAGGGCCAUUCCUGAAGAGAGAAGGGCACCGGAGUGGGGAGAUGGACAGCAGACCUUCUCUGGGGAGAGGCAGGAUGGUGUUUGGUGCCUGGCGCUGCCUGCUGGAUGCCACCGUGGCUGGAGGCCAAGCCCGGCUCCAGGCGUCUGACCGAUACCGUGACCUGGCAGGGGGCACAGGGCGGAGUGCCAAGGAGCAGGUGCUCAGGAAGGGAGCAGAGAACCUCCAGAGGGCGCAAGCAGAGGUGCUGCAGUCUGUCCGGGAGCUGAGCCGAAGUCGGAAGCUGUAUGGGCAGCGGGAACGUGUGUGGGCCUUGGCACAGGAGAAGGCGGCUGAUGUCCAGGCUAGACUGAACCGAAGUGACCAUGGGCUCUUCCACACUCGGGCCAGUCUCCAGAAACUCAGCACCAAGCUCUCUGCCCAGUCAGCCCAGUACUCCCAGCAGCUGAGAGCAGCCCGCAAUGAGUACCUGCUCAACUUGGUGGCCACCAAUGCCCACCUUGACCACUACUACCAGGAGGAGUUGCCAGCCCUGCUCAAGGCCCUGGUCAGCGAGCUGUUGGAACACUUGAGGGACCCCUUGACCUUGCUAAGCCGCACUGAGCUGGAAGCUGCAGAGAUGGCCCUGGAGCAUGCCCGCCGUGGAGGGCAGGCAACCUCCCAGGUAAGCUGGGAGGAGGAUCUGAAGCUCUUUCUUCAGGAACCUGGAGUAUUUUCCCCCACACCACCUCAGGAGUUUCAGCCUGCAGGGACUGAUCAGGUUUGCACCCUGGAGCUGGAGGGGGAUGCAGGAGGCAUGAUGGGGGACCGUAGCCUGGAGAAAGAGGUUCAGCGCUGGACGAGCCGAGCUGCCCGAGACUACAAGAUCCAGAACCAUGGGCAUCGGGUGCUGCAGCGGCUGGAGCAGAGGCGACAGCAGGCCCCAGGGCGGGAGGCACCAGGUCUAGAACAGAGGCUGCAGGAAGUGAGGGAGAGCAUCCGGCGGGCACAGGUGAGCCAGGUGAAGGGGGCUGCCCGGCUGGCCCUGCUCCAAGGAGCUGGCCUGGAUGUGCAGCGCUGGCUGAAGCCAGCCAUGACCCAGGCGCAGGAUGAGGUAGAGCAGGAGCGACGGCUCAGUGAGGCCCGGCUGUCCCAGAGGGACCUCUCUCCCACGGCUGAGGAUGCUGAGCUCUCUGACUUUGAGGAAUGUGAGGAGACAGGGGAGCUCUUUGAGGAGCCUGCCCCUGUAGCCUUGGCCACCAGGCCCCUCCCCUGCCCAGCACAUGUGGUGUUCAGCUAUCAGGCAGGGCAUGAGGAUGAGCUGACCAUCACAGAGGGCGAGUGGCUGGAGGUCAUAGAAGAGGGAGAUGCUGAUGAAUGGGUCAAGGCUCGAAACCAGCACGGCGAGGUAGGCUUUGUCCCUGAGCGGUAUCUCAACUUCCCGGACCUCUCCUUCCCUGAGAGUGGCCAUGACAGUGACAAUCCCUCAGGGGUAGAGCCCACAGCCUUCCUGGCCCGUGCCCUAUACAGCUACACAGGACAGAGUGCGGAGGAGCUAAGCUUUCCAGAGGGGGCGCUUAUCCGCCUGCUGCCCCGGGCCCAGGAUGGAGUGGAUGAUGGCUUCUGGAGAGGAGAAUUCGGGGGCCAUGUGGGGGUUUUCCCCUCCCUGUUAGUGGAGGAGCUGCUUGGCCCCCCAGAACCCCCUGAACUCUCAGACCCUGGACAGAUGCUGCCAUCCCCUUCUCCUCCUAGCUUCUCACCUCCUGUGCCCACCUCUGCCUUGGAGGGAGCCCCUGCAUCUGCGCUGCCUGUGGACCAAGAUCUGGACUGCCCUGGACCCCUGGACAUGAUGGUACCUCGACUCAGGCCGAUGCGUCCACCACCUCCCCCACCAGCUAAAGCCCCAGAUCCUGGCCACCCAGAUUCUCUCACCUGAAGCCAGGGGGAUUGCUGUCCCCCAGUGAAGCUGCUGUCCCUAUACCCAAGAUGUCAGAGAACACCCCCCUCUAUGAUCUGGAGUAAUAACACAGCCAAAAGCUGGAGUUUCCCCCAUUUCCACUCUUACCUCCAGGGGUAGAAACUUUCCCUCUCCCCAUUUCCAGAGCUGGAACUCACUCCUUUCCCCCCAUCACACUUCUGCUAUCUCUAGGGCUGGAACUAUCCCUCUUUCUUCUGCCACCCCCCCCAUCUCUAGGGUGGUAAAAUGGAUUGUGAAAUCUCUGGGGCUGGAACCCAUCUUCCAAAGUCUUGAGUGGCUCCAGCCCAUCUGUGUCUCCACCCUGACUCUGUGAUGCAGUCCACUGGGUCUGUGACCCAUGGCCACUGGGGUUGGGGGCUGGGACAGGAGCAGGCCU